AGUCUGUCCAAUAGUUCCUACCAAAAACCAAUUUUGUAAACCAAGAGAGUUCCUUGAGAGAGAAGAGCACUUUAAGCAUCUCAUCUUCUCUGCAACAGCAACUGCAACUUAUGGCCGCACCAGAUUGGACUUCCUCCGGCUCUGUUUCUUUCACAACUGGAUUUUCUUGUUACGAUGUGUUCCUCAACUUCAGGGGCGAAGAUAGUCGUAAUAACUUCAUUGGCUUCCUUAACUUAGUUCUGAAACACAGAGGAAUCGAUGUGUUCAUUGAUAGUGAAAAGUUGUGGACCGGAGAAGCCAUUGGACCAGCUUGCCUCAGAGCAAUUGAGGGAUCCAAAAUCUCUAUCCCUGUUUUCUCUAAAGAUUAUGCGAAUAGCAAAUGGUGCCUUCUGGAACUUGCCCAGAUUCUUCAAUGUCACAUAUCCAAUGGUCAAAAGAUUUUGCCCAUAUUCUUCUAUGUUGAUCCUUCGCAUGUUCGGAAGCAGACCGGAAGCUUUGAAGAAGCAUUUCGGAAACACGAGAAGAAUUUCGAACCCCAUAUCGUACAGAGUUGGAGGGAAGCUUUGAGAGUGGUAGGGAAUUUGAAAGGAGAAGUUAUUGACAAAAAUACAGAUCAAGCACAGAUAGUUGAAUUAGUUGCCAAAAGGGCCUUGGAUGAGCUGAUUAGUAGUACAUACUUGGCUGAAUGUAAAUACCCUAUCGGCAUAGAUUCUACUGUAAAGGAUCUAUUAUCUUUGUUAAAUAUUGGUUCCAAUGAUGUUCAAUUCAUAGGAAUCUGUGGUUGCGGUGGCAUUGGGAAGACAACCAUUGCAAAGGCUGUAUAUAAUCGCAUCAUUUUAUCCUUCAAAAGGCAUAGUUUUAUUGCAGAUGUGAGACAUCAAGCAAUGCAAUGCAUGGGUCUUGCAUCUUUGCAAAAGCGACUUCUUAAAGAUAUCUUUAGAGCAGACUUUGACAUAGGUGAUUAUCAUAGAGGAAAAAUUUUGAUAGAACGAAGACUUCGCAAAGAAAAUGUUCUUCUUGUUCUUGACGACGUGGAUAGUAAAGAACAGGUAGACGCUUUGGCUGGUGAACUUAAGUGGUUCGGUGAAGGAAGUAGGGUCAUAAUAACAACCAGAGCUGAACAUAUCUUGAAUGUGGCUAAAGUUGGUAAAGAUAAGAUCUAUUGGCCUCAAGAGUUGACCCAUAAGGAAUCUCUUCAACUAUUUAGUUUGCAUGCCUUUUCGAUGGAUCAACCGCCUCAAGAUUAUAUGCAACUUUCACAUGAUGUGGUAUGCUAUUCGAGAGGGUUGCCGCUAACUCUAGAGGUAUUGGGGUCUUACCUUUCCGACAUAAGCAGCAAAGAAGUGUGGAAAAAUACAUUGCAAAGAUUGAAUGCAGGUGUAGCUUCUAUAUCCAGUCUUGUAUCUUUACGGAUGCAGAGAGAGAACACAUCUCAUAUGGAAAACGAUCCCCCUGGUUGGCACCCACAACUUCAUGGAACCAAUGGAAACAACACCACUAUUGCUAGGGUCUCUGAAUCCACCGGAGGAUAUCCAAAUCUAAAUCCUAAUGGUUCAACAACUACUAUUAAAGUUGGUAAGAGGUUUACAAUAAAAGCAAAGAUCAGAGCUGCAUUAUCUAAAUUCACAGGAGGAUAUCAGAAUCGAAAUGGCUCCGCCACUACUAUUAAAGUUGGUAAGCGGUUCAGAAUAACAGAGAUUCGAACUGCAACAAAGAAUUUUGAUCAAUCAUUGGUGCUUGGAGUAGGUGGUUUUGGCACAGUUUACAAGGGCAUACUCGAUGAUGGCACUCUGGCAGCAUUCAAGCGUGCCAAUCCGCAGUCUAGACAAGGCUUGGAAGAAUUUGAGAUAGAGAUUGAGAUACUAUCUAAGCUCAGGCAUAAACAUGUGGUUUCCAUGAUUGGGUUCUGCGAGGAAAAGAAUGAGAUGAUUUUGGUUUAUGAGUAUAUGGCAAAUGGGGCUCUCAGGACACAUCUCUAUGGGAGUAAUCUCCCACCAUUGACAUGGAAACAAAGACUAGAGAUUUGUAUAGCUGCUGCAAGUGGGAUCCAUUACCUCCAUACAGGGUCAGAGAUGGAAAUAAUCCAUAGAGAUGUUAAAACAUCCAACAUACUAUUGGGUGAGAACAUUGUAGCAAAGAUGUCUGAUUUUGGGUUGUCAAAAACAGGUUUUGUAUCAAGAAAUACUCAUAUUAGUACAAUAGUAAAGGGAACUGUUGGAUAUAUUGAUCCAGAAUACUUCCGAAUGAAUCAAGUGACUACAAAGACUGAUGUUUAUUCUUUUGGUGUAGUACUGUUUGAGGUUGUUUGUGCGCGACCAGUUUUUGAUCGAAGCUUUCCAGAAGAUCAGGUUAACCUUGUAAGAUGGGCAAUCCGGUGGCAAAGACAGGGAUUACUUGAAACCAUUGUGGACCGACGCCUUGAAGGGAAUUAUUGUCCAGAAUCAUUGAAGAAAUUUGGGGAGAUCGCAGAGAAAUGCCUUGCCGAUGAGGGCAAGAAUAGACCCACAAUGGGUAAAGUGUUGUCAGAUUUGGAGAAUGUCUUGCAACUGCAUGAAGCCUGGUUAAGAAGCAAUGCAGGGGAAGAAUCCACUGCUCCUCUUUGGUUUGUAAAGUUACGUAAGUCUAUUAAGUCAAAUACUGGGAAGUGA